UUGUUAUAUGGUGUUGUCAUUUAACUGUCAAUUUAGUAAAUAUACCAAAAAAUUAUAGCAUUUCUUUAUUAAAAAUGACUUUUACUCUGUGGAAUUUAUUCGAAGCAUCACUUCUAUGCCUUAAUGCAGUUUGUAUAUUGCACGAAGAAAGAUUUCUACGAAAGAUUGGAUGGAGUGCCAAAAGUACAGAUGUUCAUGGAUUUGGAGAAACUACUUCCACAAAAGCCCAAUUGUAUAAUUUAUUCCAUUCCAUAAGGACAGUAGCCAGAUUUCCACUGAUACUUUUAAAUGUUCUCACGAUAUUAUUUAAGCUGAUUUUGGGAUGAAAAGGAUUUUUUAUUUGUUUAAAUGAAAGUUUCUUAUAUAUUUUGUAAAUAAAACUUUACUUAUAAAAGUGUA